AUGUCAGCAGUCCAUGCUGAUUUUGUUUUUCUUGGUAUGAGUUCAUCACAAGCAGAAUUGCUCAUUGGAAGUAAUAAAUUGGAAUUAAUGCCAAAAUAUUCACAAGAGAGCACUGAAAAAUUCCUUGUUGAACGGCUUAAAAAGGUUUCUUCUUUAUUUUUUUGGUUAUUUUGAGGCCAGAAUUUUUUUCGCGAGUGAAAAUUCAUUUCUGUUGUAAGGGUGAUUUUUUUGACCAUUUUGUACAUUGAGCUGCUUUUGUAAAUUGACGGAGUAACUUGAAAUUGGGGAAUUCUCAAGAAUUGGG